UGGUAGUACUUCCAGUGUGCGACCGCCAGCAGUGCUAUUGAGCAGUUUUUGGUGGUGGUAUUGUGUAUGGUUGUAGGCCACAGCUGACUGUUGACGCUGGUUGUAUGAAAUAGUGGUUUGCUUUGUCUGCUAAAUAUUUUUAGUUCGGGAUUUUAUAGUUUACGCAUAAUUUGUGAUAACAUAGUGUUAUAAUGCCUAGAGGAAAGUACACCAAUCAUAAAGGCAAGCACAGGCAAUUCACCAAUCCAGAGGAGAUUGAGGAACAAAUGAAAAGAAAGGAAAAAGAAAGAAAAUGGAGGGAAGAGAGGGGUGAUGCCAGUUCUAGUGAGGAUGAAGCAAAAGGGAAAAGUGAUACAGUCUCUGAAUCUGAAACUUCUGAAGAAGAGAGUGAAGAGGAGACGGUGAAAGCCAAAGGAGUUGAGAAUCUAAUUCAUGUGGAAAAUCCUAAUAGAGUACAGAAGAAGGCAAAGAAAUUGUCUACUCUUAAUGAAAAUGUUAAAGUGGCCUCAAAACCUGAACUGUCACGUAGAGAAAGGGAAGAGCUGGAUCGUCAAAGAGCUCAAGCAAACUAUCAACGGCUGCAUGCUGAAGGGAAGACGGAAGAAGCCCGUGCUGAUUUAGCCCGUUUAGCCAUAAUCAAGCAGCAGAGAGCUGACGCUGCCAAACGGCGUGAGGAAGAAAAGAAAUUAAAAGAAGCAGCGAAGCAAACAAAAACUGCACAAGUCCAAAAAGCUCUCGGGAAAAAGACAACAUGAUCCCGACAAAGAGUUUUGAGAUUCUACAUACUCAGCAGCUCAGAAUUGGUUUUGUUGAUGUCAAGAUUUGUUUUGGAUUUUUUUAAGAUUAAUUUUUUUUACUUAAAGAUUGGGAUCAAAAUAUGCUUCCUGUUCAUGAAUUUGUUAGCAGGUACUCAAAUUUCUGUAGUUCAGUCAGCUGUUUAUUAAUAUGUUUACUUUUGUUUUAAAAAUGUUUAACCAUGUACAUAUGGAAUGUAUUAUUUAAACAAAUCUGGUAACAUGGUGUAAUCAUUAGAUAAUACACAAUGUAUAAAAGUAUCUUCACUACCUAAUGAAGUGAUAUUGAAUAUCUUUUAUCUCUGAAUUUCCAGUCAAGUUAGGGCAGUAUACUUGCUAUAUUUCAAAACAAGAUUUCUCACUCUAGAUUAGCACUGCCUUAAUUUUUCAGUGGUGCAGAGGCAUUCGUAUGCUAAGCCAAAUGUAUCCAGUCUGCUCCAUGCAACCCAUAUGUCCUCAGAUCCAUCUGUUUCCAGAUUUUCUGAAAGACCACACUUUCAGAUAAAGUCUACAUACAUCCCUAUUGUCCAAUUUAGUCUUUCAUAUGCAAUUUUAUUAAACAGAUGAUCAGUGCAAUGAAUUUUAUGGCAUUUCCUUGACGUAAUCAUGUAUGCAACUGAAAAUGCAGUUAAUUCAAUGUGUUUUCCAGCAUUACACCACAAAUACAUUUAGUUGUGAAGAUGUUAGAAUAUUCAGUCACGUCUUUUCAAAUGGGAAGAAAACGAACAUUUCCACGGCCACGAAGACUGUAGCUCUACUUUUCCUGUUACAAUAAUAAAGAAAACAGUGGAAAAA